CUCGAUGGGAUUAAUUCAUAGCUCAACUUAGUCGACGAAUUCGUGUUCCUGAGGUCAAAUUACGCUAGAAAAGGGUCCUGAAAUUGAUUUCGAAAAUGCUUUAUUUUUUGGCCAAAAAUCGAAAAAAUUCAAAGGCUACCCCUUGGAUUUUUUUCAAUUUUGGGGUCGAAAAUCAAAAUUUUUUUUUCUCCAGGAUUUUUGUGCUGUUCUUGUUAUUUCUAUCUCAGGAAUCCGAAUUUACAAGUUAAAUUGAUCUAUCUAUGAAAUCAAUCGAGUUAUCGCUAAUUUUUUCGCUUUUCGGAGCAGGAAAAUGGAGCCAUUUGAAUUGGUUUUUACCGUAACACUAAUUCAGUCAAUAGAUCCGUCAAAGGAUCAAGAAAAAAUUCAAGAUCUUUUAGAGCUUCUAUGAGGUCUGUGGCAAGGACGUGUCUGUGGCGCUUGCGGCUAAUAAAAAGAUGAAAAUUAUGUAUGGGGUUGGAAUCGCCAUCUUGUAGUCGCCGUAUUCGUCUUCUAAACGAACAUACGCAAAUUACUUGUAAUAUGACAAAGCCGAAAUUGGUAACUCGUUCAAUAACCAGUACCAGACCGGUCAGCAUGACUCUGAAUUUAUUUUGCUCGGAGGAACCACUUAGCGAAUGCCAAGUGGCCCAAAAACAAAAAAUAAAAGAAAAUUACGAUAAUGUUGCUUUAAUGCUCGAAGAGAUUAUUAAAAACAGAGGAGGUUCUUUACUCUGCCAAUCUGGUGUCGUCAAAGCAUAUCAGUAUACAGUGCCAGAAGGUACCCCAGGAACUGGCAUGAUUAAGACUAGCCAGCCCUCAUUGCUGAAUGUUAACCACAAUCAAUCGCAGCCUGUAAAACUGAACAUGAUGGGCAACUCUAGCAAUCAGGGAAACAUUCAACUUGUUAUGGAUCCACGGAUGGGCGUCAUCCUGGGCACCAUGUCACAACAACAACAACAACAACAACAACAACAACAACAACAACAACAACAACAACAGAUUACCACACCAGCAAUCCAGCCACCUUCUACGCCGGUGACACCGCAAACAUCCAAUGAAAACUACAAGUACACCAGAUCGGGUCGUAGGACAAAGGUUCUGCAAAUACAACAGCCUGAUAUUAUCGAGGAGCUUCCUAGUCCAGUUUUGAGGAACAGAAACAAAACCAGUUCAUCGCAUGUCGUAACUCCUACCAUUACAGCAACCACAAGUCCGCAGGGUGUUACAAAUCUCAGAAUCAAAUCUGUCGGCAAACAGCAACAGUCGCAGCAAAUUCCAUCAGUUGCGCUGAGACCUUCGGAGCAGACUAGUAUCGGUGGGAUAUCUGUGGGAAAUAAGAAUGCAGUCGGUGAACAGAUUGAGGAAUCGAAACGAAAUCUACCAGAUGGUAGAGAGAUAACAUUCAAUAAAAUGAACGGAGGAAGGACAUUUCCCUCAUUGGUAGUCGUUGCCCGUCCAAACUUAGCCGCUAAGGAAGUUCCACAGCAAAUCGCUCAAGCUGAAAGAUCAGAAUUAGAUGUGAAAGUGAAAAGUGUCCUCAUGUACUCCGCGACAAAAUUUGCUGAAUGGUUAAUUCAGCAAGGGUUAGUCAGAUCGGAACAAUACUGCACGCAACAUAGCUCGAAUUAUCAAAAGACGAAGCUGAAGUUGGGAAUGUUCAGCGACUCUGGAACAUUCCCAUAUUCCGGUGGCUACGUGUGGAUAUCGAGCUGUUGUCCGGAUCGUUAUGUCUCUGUAUUUUCUGGCUCAAUCUUUCAAGGAGCCCCUCACGCUCCAACCGUUCUUUUGAAGCUCAUUUAUCACUGGGCUUGUCAGACGAAUGUUCAAAAUGUUGUCUCAUGGGUUAAAGUCAGCAACAUUUAUGUAAAAAAUUUCUACACCAACCUCAGAAGCAUCUGCACCGCCGCUGUCUGGGACAAAAGUCGAAAAAUGGGUGGCAAAAAUUCGAUGGUUCAAGUGGGAGUCAUCAGUCUUGGAACCACCUCCCAAGACGGCAAUUUAAGACAGGUAAAAGUGGAAGUUUUGGGUAUCUUGAACAUGGAAUCUCAAGAAAUAAGAUUGCGAGCAUGCGAUCCUCUUAAUGACGGUGAUAGGUCGUUCAAGCGAAGAUUUCACAAUAUUUUGAACCCGCUGAGAGAUUGGGUUCACAAGGAUUCUACCAUUCUAACAGAUUUUACCGUGGAUAAAUCGACGCUGCAGGAAAUGGGUUUCCAAAGCGUCAUGCAGUCGGCAUUUUCCGAACAAAGUCCAAGGAAUCUACUAAGCAAUUAUCAUAUCAUGGAAUAUCUGAGAAAAGUUGUGCCAAGAAUGUUUCAAAAUACAUUAAGUCUCUUGAGCAGACAAAUGAUACAGCAAUUCCUCGAUGACUUGGUUUGGCGUGAAAUGUUUGGUAGGACUGCCGCCCGUGCAUUUGACAAUAUUUUAUUGCACAUAGCAGAACAAACUAGAAUAGAUUCUUCCGACUGUUUGCUGGACCGUUUGGCGAAGAUAUCUCUGAAUCCGUUUCAGGAUUGGUCGUAUUCUAGUCUGACUCCACCCCUCUGGUCGCCAAUGGUAUCGAUACCAAAAGAACCGACGAUCACCAGCGGAGAAAUCUCUCAGAAUUCAAGACAAAUUGAGUCAUCUAAAAGCAGCAACAAACCAGGGCCUAAGAGAAACAGGAAAAGACCGUAUAUUCCGAGAAAUACAAGUCCAGAACCUGAAGCAAAGAGACCCACCAUAGAACAGAAGAUUAAAGAUAAAGAAGUCAAAGCGCCUCUUGAUAUUGUGCAACUUCAAGAAUAUUACUACGCAGUAAUGGAGGGAGAGAGAAGCAAGGUUGUUGGCGAGAAGAGAAAUUCUUUACACCUGAAGUGUUUUUUGUGCCCGGUGAUAAUGCGAUCGAAUACAGAAAUCAUGGAACACAUGGUAACCCACGUUCGACCACGAGUUCCCGGCCACACGGAAUCAACCGUUUGUAGAUAUUGCUGCGCUGUUUUCUCAUCGAAACACCAAAUGACAACUCACGUUACAGAGGCACACAGUAAUAUGGGGCGCUCCGCUAACGGUGAUAUGAAGGUGUGUGCGAUUUGCGAACAAAAAUUCGUCAACGGAUUACUUUUGGCAAAUCAUAUGGCGUCGAAUCAUUGCCCCUCGGAAAUGCCCUAUCGAUGUGAUACUUGUGGCUAUCGUUCAUCUAGUCAUAAAGAUCUCAUUGAUCACUAUUACUCUAUUCAUGAGGAAGGUGAAAGCGUGUUAUGUCCUUUUUGUCUAAAGGUUAUUCCGAUCUGCAGCGAGGGUAGUCAAAAUGCAAUUUUGUCAACCGCUCAUUCCUACUUACUACACAUGCAAAGGCACUCCGUCCGGCGCGAAGAAGGCAGGGGCAAUAAAUGUAGACGGUGCUGUUUGUGGUUCAAUCAAAAAAGCGCACUAAUGACACAUCAGAGAGAAUUACACGUGUACAAAUCUGGGCCGAAGGUAGUUCCGCAAUCGAUGGGUGAAGAUGGUAUCAUGAUCCCGAGACCUAAGAUUCUGAUAAAACAUAUAGACGCUGACAGUCCACCACGGGAAUUACCAGACAGCGAGACUGUGAAAAAAUGGUAUGGUGGACCGAUUAGAAUUCAUGCUCCUUCUAAUUUGGCAUGUCAAGAAUGCGAAGAGGAUGUGGACGAAUAUGAACACUAUCCGGGCGAACAAAAGUGCCAGCAGUGCAAAUAUUCGACUUGUUGUUGGCGCGCUUUUAAGGAGCAUCAGCAACAAAUUCAUAACACUAGACCUUUGAUGAUUGGCUCUGUACUUGUAUCACCGCUUUUGAACAUACCAUUAGAAAAUAAAAUGCAGUGUCCUUGCGGGUUCGGGACCACAGAUGGAAAUCGAUUAGCUACACAUUUGAUAAAAUGUAAAAGGAUAUCGGCUUAUCCAACCGAGGGUUCUGAACCAAGUGGAAUGCUGGACAGCUUGGGAUUAGUUCCGAAAAAUACUCAAGAUGCGGCUGAAGAUCCGAAAAGUUUUUACCGGAAGUUGUCAACUGAUCUUAUGGAUACUAGCGAUCAGCUGGAUCUCAGAGAGGAUAUCAAAUCGGAUGAAAAGAUUACAGCGGCCAACAGAAUGAUGGCAAAUUCUGUUUCUAAAAGUCCAAGUCCUGAGCCAAAAGAAAUUUGCGGUACGUCAGAGAGCCCAAAAUCUUCGGCAACAGGUAUCAAUCUGCCACAGAUUUUAUAAGAUAAACUAUUGAUAUAUCAUAGAGUAUAUCACAGGAGUAUGAAAAUAAUCUAUAAAAAAUAUGCUGAAAAUGUUUUAGACUUGAGAACAUAUCCGACAGGAAUGUCUUGUUAUAUUUCUAAAUUUCUGCUGGCUUGAUUUUCGUUCUGUACAUUUGAUGGUAAAUAAAGUUAAAGACCUGUCAUGAA